GGCCCCCCUGCCCACCCUGUUUGGGCCAGCUGGCCCUGAAGGCGCUCGUCCGGUGCGCUCCUGUCGCGCCGCUGGGUUCCCUUCGCUUCCAGGCACCUGCCUGCCCCUGCCAGCGGCUGCCCCCUCCGCUGCCGGCGCGCGGCCACUCGCAUCGCCCCUCUCUCGUCUUCGCCGCCGACAACGCCGGCUCCUCCGAGCCCCGUCUUAGCCAUUCACAAGUCCCAUUCAUAGGCUCUCCGAGGCGAGACACGCGCGCCGCCCUCCCGCCCGCCUUCCCCUCCCAGCCAUACGCCCACCCUCAGCCCGAGCCCUCCCCGAGCGAAGGGGCGCAGUCGGAGGCUUCGCUCGGCGGCCCGCCUGCCCUCUCGUCUCCUUCCCCGGGGCUGGGGGUCCCUCUAACAAAGGGAAGGGCUGGGCGGCGAGCGCACGAGGCAGGGGCCGGCCGGCGGCGGGGUCUGCCCGAAUGCGGCGAGCUUGACCGAGGCGGGCAAGGCAGAAGGGGACGCGGCGCUUCCACCAUGGGCUGCUGCACCGGGCGCUGCACUCUGAUCUUCCUCUGCACUCUGCAGUUGUUAGCUGCCCUGGAGAGACAGAUCUUUGACUUCCUUGGAUUCCAGUGGGCCCCCAUUCUUGGUAAUUUUCUGCAUAUAAUAGCAGUAAUUUUGGGUUUGUUUGGAACCAUACAAUACAGACCUCGAUAUAUAGUUGUGUACUCAGUAUGGACUGCUCUGUGGGUCACAUGGAAUGUUUUCAUUAUCUGCUUCUAUUUGGAAGUAGGCGGGCUUUCUAAGGAAACUGACCUCAUGACCUUUAACAUCUCAAUGCAUCGAUCCUGGUGGCGAGAGCAUGGGCCAGGCUGCAUGCGAAGAGUGGUGCGUCCUUCAGCUCCUGGGAUUUUAGAUGAUUUUUCCUAUGUCUCUGUGACAGGCUGCAUCAUUGACUUCCAGUAUCUAGAGGUCAUUCACAGUGCCAUCCAAAUAUUACUCUCCUUGAUUGGUUUUGUCUAUGCCUGUUACGUGAUCAGUGUCUUCAUGGAGGAAGAGGACAGUUGUAAGUACUGAUACGCACCUACCCAUCUCUGGAGCCACAAUCCUUAGGUCGAAAUAAAUUAUGAGAAUUGAAGACAUGGUUGUAUUGAGCAGCAUUUUGCUGAGGAAUCAGAUGGUUCAAAGGAAGCACCAUCUCUGUGAGGCUGACUCAUAGAAGAGAGGCAUCAUGCAACUAACUUGGACUGUGGAUUCUUCUCCCAAUGUGUGACUGAAGUCUUCAGUUGCAGCCUCAGUUUUCUUAUUGUUGUUAAGUGGAUCCUUGUUAGAUGAAUUUUCUUCACAUUAUUCCCUUUUAUGGACACAUGUAAAUUGUACUUUUUUGUUUUUAUUUUUUCUACAAUUAUCUAGUGUUUAUGGCAUGAAAUAAUUGAAUGUGUGAGAACAAUGAAAUAUAGCUCUUUUUUUCAGAAAUUCAGUCAGUAUUUGGAGAUUUAAUUCAAACAUAGUUGGUAAUAUGACACACACACAGCCCAAAAAACAUAAGAUGGCCUUGAGGGGAGAGGGGAAGAGUAAAGGCCACAACAUUUAAUCAAGGUUUCCACAGUGUCUUUGGUGACAAUCCUAAGUACAUUUUCCUGUGAGUAAGCCUCAGUGAAUCAAUGGUACUUACUUCUGAGUUGACCUGCUUAGGGUCACUUUCUUUAUUUUAUGUUUCACCAAUAGUAUACUUAUGAAUUGGCCUUUUUGGUGAUCAUCAUCAAAAAUAUGAUCAUCAUCACCUAAAUAUUUUGAAGGCCCAAGUGCUUACGAACCUAGCUGAAUUCAGUGGGACUUUCUCCCAUGCAAAGGUGCAUAUACUUACAGCCUCAUUAACACAUAGUUCUUUCUUCUGAUUAAGGCCUUCCUUGCCCUGUGUAUGAAUUUAGUGGUCUAUGAAUGAAAAUUCUUGGUUUCAUUCUCCAGAAAUUCAGGGCAGGUAUCUAUAUUUUGCACAUAUUUUUAAUUUUCUUCCUGGAAGAAGCCCAACCAGAAUGCAUAGUAUACUGGGUAGAGCUGGAGUAGCACUAACAGUAGUCUUAGGAGAUGGGGAAGAAUCACAAGGCCCUUAAUUUAAAAGCUUAACAGAAUACAUUACUAAUAUAAAUCUGUAUAAAAAAUUUGUAAAGUUGCCUGUAAAUAACUCUAGAAUGAGACUAUGUACCAAUGUGACAUUUGGGUUUUUUAAUUUAGUUUUCAACUAUAUAAAAAGUGAAACAACCAGCUUUCCCCCUCUCCAUAGGCAUUUGGCAUUAUUAGACAUUUGCCUAGUUCUUUCAUGUUCUACAGUUCUCAUAGUGCAUUCAUUUAUUUUAUUUGUUUGUUUGUUAUAUUUAUCUCUCGCCCUAUUUGCCUUCAGUAAUCCAUGGCCUUGUAUUUCAAGAUAUGUUUGAAUGUGUCAAUGAAUGAGUCAUCAAUGGUCAUCAGGGAGGGGUAGAAAAGGAUGUAACCAGCUGUACCGUUUACCUCAAGAGUGAGGUUGAAUUGCUAGUGAUGUUUUCAUCAGUACAUAUUUUGAUUCACACCAUAAGAUCUAGCAAUUAAAUGUGAAACCUAUUUGGGGUGAUUCUUUCACCUUAAUAGACAGGAUGUAUCACUGUGAAUAGUGCAGAUAGCAUAGAUAAGAUUUCAACUAAAUGCAAAUUGAAUGGAUUCAUAAUUAUCCAGCAGUUCUUAGAUGCCCUGCCUUGGUAUUCUGAAGUUUAAUGACAUGGACUCUGUGAGCAAAGAUUUGGGACAAUAUCUGGUCAUGAGCAUUUAUAUGAACAGCAGCUUUGCAUCAACACCUGCUUUUUUGACAUUUGCAGGUAAGAAAAGUAGUCCUGUGGUCAAAGCAUCCUUCAGCACCUUCAGUUGGCAAUUGUUUUAUAAGGAUACUGACUGCACUGCUAAGCCAGGACAUUUCUCUUCCUUUUAAAAAAUUCCAGACUGCAAACUAUCAAUUUCUCGUAACAGCAUUUGAUAGCUGCAAACAAAAGUUGGUGUCACAGAUUAACUGGCCUCCCUGCUUCUAAACUCAUGCUUGUUUAGCUUCAUUAUAAUAAACUAUAAGUCCUAAACUGUU